UAACUCUAAAUAUUUCCGACGUUUCCAAAUUCAAAACAAAAACCAUUAUAAAAGACCCAAAAAAAUAACAGUCAAUACUCAAGAAGUUUGCAAAAUAAAGAAGAAAGAAAAACCUAAAAAAAACAAAAAAUAAAAUCCAAAUAUAAAUAUACUCCUUUUGCUCAUUUCUCCUUCCGACAACACCAACAUAAAACACAACCCCAAAAAAAAUAAAAAUGGAGUUACUAUCGACCGUCGCGACAUGGUUCACUCCGGCGACUCUUUUCCUCCUUCUCAAUCUUAUGAUCGGCACCAUCGUCGUAACGUCUCGACUCGGCUCUGGUUCAUCAAAAAGACACCACCAGCAACAUCACGAUGGUUUCGGGUCGGGUCAUGCUCCGGCUCCUUUAGCUAGAGCUCCGUCUAUCAUCGACCGUGUUAAGUCUAUCAAUUUCCAUCUCUACAAGUUUCCUCAUCCGGAAACUGAGAUUUUCUCCGCAACGGCUCACCACGACGUGAUCGGAUCGGAUCUUCAUGUAUACCCGGAUCCGAAUCCGCCUCCACCGUUACAACGCGCUCCUUCUCUUUUGGAGCGGGUUAAAUCCAUCAACAUGUCUUCUUAUUUCAAAUACCCAGAUGAAGUAAUCGGGUCGGAUCUUCACUCUCACUCUUAUUCCCACCCGGAUCGACACCUGGAUCCGGCUCCGUUACAACGCGCUCCGUCUCUUCUGGAUCGGGUCAAAUCAAUCAACAUGUCCUACUUCAAAUUCCAGCAGUAUAACCCGGAGGAGGUGAAUGAUGAUUAUACUCAUCACAAUGAACCGACCCGAAUCGAUAAUACUCCGACACGGAUGGGUCGGGUUGACCCAAUUGAUAUCUCAAAAUUCAGGAUUCCGGAGGAAGAUCAACCAACUGGAUCCGGAUACAAUCAUCUGAUCGACCCGCCCGUUUUAACUCGGGCUCCGUCUAUCUUAGAAAGGGUUAAAUCCAUCAAGCUAUCAUCCUUCUACAGAUCCGACCCGGAAUCGGAUCAGAACCCGGGUCCGGUUGUCCACGAAGAAGAGCACAAGCACGUGAGGAGCAAAUCGGAGUCGAAAAAACCGGUGAAGAAGAAGAAGAAAGCAGCUUCGACGAAGAUGACGAAAUCGGCGAGCGAGAAAUCGGGUUUCGGUUUCACCCCAAACCACGAGGAAGCGGCGGAGACGGUGGAAUCAGUCGAACGGAGAAGACCAGAUACGACGAGAGUCGAAAGAACAACAUCGUUCGGCGACGGCGAAAACGGCGUCGACGCGAAAGCUUCGGAUUUCAUAAACAAAUUCAAACAGCAGCUGAAACUACAGAGACUCGACUCUAUUCUUAGGUACAAGGAGAUGCUCAAGGCCAACUGAAAUGAAAUGGAAAUUUACAGAACUGCCCCUGAGGUGGAGAUUGUAAUCCUCGCAAACCGCCGUCUCCCUCCGUCGCGGCGGUUUUGUUUGCCGCACAGAGGAGGAGGUAACACAGGAGGGAGAGUGGUUAAACGUCUGAAUUACCGAUAAAACCCCUGUAUUGUGAGGAUAUUUAAGUAAUUUAUUUAUUAGUUUGUUAUGUUUAUGUGGGAAUUUAUUAUUGUUUAGUGAUUAUAUUCAUAAAUAACAACAACUCAUAAAGAGACAAGAAAGAACGUAGUAUUAGUUUUUGCUUUAGGCUUUAGGCAAGUGUGUAAUGAACUGUGGCGUUAAUAAUGGAUCUGGGACGUUGUUUUUGUGGUAAUGUUCAUCAUUUGAUUAUCCACUUGGCAAUUGUCUCGACAUGUUUACACUACACGUUUCCUAGUUUCUGCCCUAUUUUCAGGUUUGGUUGGUUACUUGGUUUGUUGUAUAUUUCUGUUUUUAUUCAAAUUUUCAAUAGUGCUUAUUUAUUGUGA